CCCAAAGACAUCUUCUCAUUUGUCUCACAUACAAACAUCAUCAACUCAUCUUCUCCAAACAAGAAUCAUCAAAGCCAAAAAAACAAAACAGAAACACAACAGAGAAUACAAACAAAAAGAGAUGACAAAAGUUCACCCAAAAUUCCCAAACACAUGCGACGAGAGCUUGUGUGAUAGUAAAGCAGCCGUGGUUUUAACAGUGUGGAAGAAGUCCCUUCUCUUCAACUGCGACGGAUUCACGGUCUACAACGCCAAUGGAGAGCUUGUCUUUAGGGUUGACAACUACAUGAACUGUCCUAGAGACAACAUCGUCCUUAUGGAUGCUUCCGGCUUUCCCCUCCUCUCUAUCCGCCGCAAGAAGUUGAGUCUUGGAGAUUGCUGGAUGGUAUACGAUGGAGAAACAGAGAGAGACCCAAUAUUGACGGCGAGAAAGAACGUUAACAUAUUAACAAACCGGAGGAGCUUGGCGUGGGUUAGCGCGAAGAAGACGGUGUUGUACGAGAUAGAAGGAUCGUACAGUCAGAGAAGCUGCAAAAUAUUGGACGAGAGGAGGAACAAGAAGAAAACGGCGGAGAUCAAGAGAAAAGAAACGGUGAUCGGAGGAGUUGCCUUUGGCAAAGAUGUGUUUAAGCUUAUAGUUGAAUCAGAGAUGGAGCCUCGUGUGGCCAUGGCACUUACCAUCAUCCUCGACCAAAUGUUUAGAUCUUCUUGAUUUUCUUUUUUUUUAAGGUUUUAUUUUUACGUGUAUAUUAGUUCCUUUUUGUUUAUGUAAUUUAUGCGAUGUGUUCCUUCCUAAAUGUACACAUGAACAACAGAGACAACUUUUAAUGUUCAAGAAAAAAGAAAGAAAAAAAACAUAGAUAUAUAUAACUUUUUUUUUCGUUUU